UGCGCCUGCGCAGCUUCGGUGCGCGCGCCUUCGGUGGGACAGGCUGACUUGGGGAUCCCUAGUGCGCCGGGACAGCCUGUACCAUGGAACCAACAGCAAAGAAGAUCUUUAAAGGAGUUUUAGCAGCUGAACUUGUAGGCGUUUUUGGAGCCUAUUUUUUGUUUAAUAAGAUGAACACAAACCAAGAUUUUAGGCAAACAAUGAGCAAGAAAUUUCCCUUCAUCUUGGAAGUUUAUUACAAAUCCGUUGAAAUGUCUGGAAUGUAUGGAAUUAGAGAACAAGAUCAAGAAAAGUGGAUGAAUAGCAAAAAUUAAGAAAUUCGCUGCUGAUCCUUUUACUGGAGAAGAAAUAUGUACCAAACAAGACUAAAUUCUCACAGCGGACAUGGGCAAGGUUUGAAAUAGUUAAAGCAAAAUAUAAAUUUUAAUUCAGAGAUCUUAUUCUUUGGACUAUGGAAAUGUCAUGAAGAUAUGUCUACAGUGUUAUCAAUAUACUUUAUACUUGUGAACUCAUCUAUUCUUCUGGAUCUAUAAACUUUUCAAAGUUGACAAUAAGAAAAUGUUAUUUUGGGUAUUUAUUAACUUAAAUUCAUACAA